AUGGCCAUCCGUGAUAUCGUCGCCGAGCCCUCCCUACUCCCCGUCUUGAAGACCAGCGCCGAGACCCGCGAACAAUGCGAGAAACUCCUCUCGUUGUUAGAUCCGACCGCCGAGUCCACGACUUCUAACCCGGAAGAAGCCAUCCUCGCGGCAUCUAGAGAACAGAAACAACUUUUCGCCCUUCUGGCUCGUCUCCGUGGCCAGAAUCGGGAGGCGAUCUUCCGUGUCCGAGAGACGAAACAAUCCACCGCCGAAGCUCGCCAGGAAAUCGAUCGGCUCCACCUCCAGCUUCAGAACCUGUACUACGAGCAACGACAUCUCACAGGGGAGAUUGCGGCAUGCGAAUCAUACGAUCAUAAGUACCUGUCGCUUCCGUUGAUCCCCGUGGAGGAGUUCUUCGAGCUCUUCCCCGAACAUCGCGAGUCGAGUGAGCAUGAGCUAAUGAUCGCGCGCAUCAACCACGAACACGCAGAACGGGAGAAAUUGGAACAGGCCCGACAGGAAUUGCUGAAACGCAAACAGGCUCUCAUUGCGGAGAACAACAAGCGCAAGGAGGAUCUGGCCAAUCUGGACAAGGAUCUGGAGCGAUUUAUUGAUGCUGCGAAACCGAUCCAGAAGAUUUUCGAGAAAGAAUAUUAG